GCCGAACAUUCCAUCUUACCACCUCAGCGUGGGUAGUCGUAUACCAUCACAUCUCUCCAUCACCUCCUCAAUGCCAAUAACGACGACGAAACCUCCAGAAAAGAACGUCUUCGACUUUACCGACGAUGACGAAGAUGGAUGGCAAGACAUGCCCGUCGUACGAGAAGACACUAUCCGUGGCGGUCUAGACGAAGAAGACCAAAAGAAAUACCAUUACGUUUCAACCUCGAACAAAACAGAUACCAAAACGGCUGCAAAUGCUAGGGGGGAUCUGAUCGAUUUUGAUGAUCGCGGUAAUGAAUGGAGGGCGAAGGCUGGCGGGGAUGAGCAUAUUGAGAGCGAGUAUACGAGGUUGAGGGUUAAUGAGGAUAACGAGACGGAUGAGGUGCAUCUACGGACGAAAUAUCUGUUUGACGAGGAUAAGGCUAUGACGCCUCUUAGUCAGAUGCAGGCUACGAAAGGUUUGUUGACGGAAGGGCAGAGGAUAGCGUAUGUGGGGUUAUGUGCGUUGACGAGCAGGGAAAUGCUCAAGAAAUUGAAGGAUUCGAAUAGGAAGGAAUUGAAGCAUGCCAUUGCGAAUAUGGAGUUGUGGGGGAUGAAGAUUAUGGGCAGGUUGUACUAUCAUAUGGAGCUCGAAACUCGAGAACAGAAAAUGAUAGAAAGCCUCGGUGAUCAUGGCGUUGAGCCUAUGGAUCUAGUACCUUCGCUCAUGACUACGCAUACCAUCUCAAACCCGGAGUAUGACCCCGCAGAGGCGAGGAGGCAGCGCGAAGAAGAGGAUAUCCGUGUAGCAGAGGCAGAGGCGGCAGCCCUAGAACAAGACGAUGAUAUUGCAGAUACAGAAUCUAUCUCUGGCCAAACCAUCGUUGCGGAACCGGUGCCAGCAGACAGUAAACUGUCAUCAUCACCUUCAGCUUCCCCAACAACCACCACAGCCAAGGUCUUCCAGACUACCACCCGUGUGCUGGAAGAUACGGCAACGUCUUCCAUUCCAGGUGUCUCAACCACACUCUCUUCUGCAGACGAGAAAGUUACAUUGGACAUUCGAUGGACAAUCCUCUGUGAUCUAUUCCUCAUUCUCAUCGCUGAUAGCGUGUACGACGCUCGGUCGCGGGUUCUUCUGGAACAAGUCGCGCUUAAGCUCGGAUUGGGAUGGCUAGACGUUGUCAGGUUCGAGAGUCGUGUCACGGAGGCUCUCGAGAUUCAAGAAGGCGUUGAAAAGAUGGAAAAUCAGGAUAUUAUCGAUGUGCGAAUGAAAGCUGCUAGGAAUAAACGAUAUAUGAUGAUGGGCCUCGCUACGGUUGGAGGUGGACUUGUUAUUGGUUUAUCGGCGGGUUUGUUGGCUCCUGUCAUUGGUUUGGGGUUGGGUACGGUGCUUGGAACUAUGGGUGCUACCGGUGCUACGACGUUCCUGACUGGUGUUGGUGGUACUGCGGUCAUCGCUACUGGUGGUGUAUUGACUGGGUCAGGGAUUGCGGCGAAAGGAAUGGCGAAGAGAACUCGGCAGGUUAGGCAGUUCGAUGUGUUGCCUCUGCAUAAUAAUAAGAGGGUUAGUUGUAUUCUCACCGUCCCAGGUUUCUUGACUGGACCACUCGAUGACCCGAGGUUGCCGUUCAGCGUUUUGGAUCCUGUCGUUGGAGAUGUCUACAGCGUUCUAUGGGAGCCGGAGAUGAUUCAAGAGACAGGAAGCGCGAUUAAGAUCUUGACCUCAGAAGUGUUAACUCAGAUCGGACAGGGUGUGCUCGCAGCUACGGUCAUGGCGACGUUAAUGGUGGGGUUACAAUGGCCUAUCAUUCUAACGAAACUCGGCUAUUUAAUCGAUAAUCCCUGGAACAAUGCCCUCGAUCGCGCCAGAGCAGCUGGUAGCGUCCUCGCUGACGUUCUACUUCGUCGUAACCUAGGUGUCCGCCCUGUAACACUCAUCGGGUUUUCUCUCGGAGCCCGAGUCAUCUUUUAUGCCCUUGUUGAGUUGGCGAAACAAAAAGCCUAUGGAAUCGUUCAAGAUGUCUUUUUGUUGGGUGCUACCCUCUCUGUCACCCAGAAGAUGUGGAUUGAAACGAGGAGCGUGGUGUCUGGUCGAUACGUCAACGCGUAUGCGAGGAACGACUGGGUGUUGAAUUAUCUCUUUAGGGCGACUAGUGGUGGGGUUGGUAGGGUUGUUGCCGGGUUGAGACCUAUAGAAGGGGUGAUUGGGUUGGAGAAUGUAGAUGUGACAGAUAAGAUAUCUGGGCAUAUGAGUUAUAGGACGUUUAUGCCGUUGAUUCUGGAUGAACUUGGGUUUCCGGUGUUUGCUGAUUAUUUUGAUGAGCCUGAGGAGCCAGACUUUGAAGGCGAUCGUGUAGUGGUACGGGAAGGAGAAGAAACCGCCAAGAAGGGCUGGUUUUCAAAGAAGAACAAAAAGCCCUCCGGAUCUCAAAACGCGUCACGACCACCUUCAACAUCUAGUUUUUCUGUUCAAAAGAAAAAGCAAGCAUCUGAUGGCCGCACGAGUUUAGAUGCUGUCGAUGAGGAUCUCCCACCUCGCAUCAGUACCCCAAGCUCAAAAGAGGGACCAUCCGCAAGUUCGUCUACUUCUCCUUCGGGAACUCAAACUCCAGUGGAAGACGAUCCUGGUUCGCAUAUACCUAAACAUGCAGGAUUUGAUUUCAGUGCGAUCAAGGACGUGAUUGGACAAACCGAGGAGAAUCCAGAGGAGCUCAAGAUACCUUCGGGGGCUGUUCACGUUCAGCCGCCAACGUAUUUGCCCCCACCGCCAGUCAAUUCUACGGCACCUCCAACAUGGGAUGAAGAGCCAUCAACGGCUGAUCUGACGUCGUCUAUGAGGUCGAUGUCGUUUACGAAUGGGAUGACUGCUCGAGAUACGCAAGGAGAGGAGGAUAUUGUGGCUCCUCCGCCACCGCCUAUACCCGAGAAGGAUCCGUAUCCUCAAAAGACACCGUCUAUUCCAUCACCAUCUAUUCCAUCACCGUCUAUUCCAUCACCGUCUAUUCCAUCACCGCCAAUGCCUUAUCAAUCUUUUCCUUCUGCCCCUGUGUUGUCAUUUGGCGGGAACGAUGGAUCCAUAUGGUCCAAUCCUUCUCCUCCUAUGGGGUAUACUAAUCCGUUUACUUCGUCGAUAUCCAGAUCCCCGAAUCCUGUGGACGUGGGGUUGUCGUUUGGUGCUGCGGAUGGUAAGAUCACUUCGUUCGGUGGUGGUAGUACGACCAAUGAAUCGUGGAGAAUACCGAGCGAUCUUGGUUUAGGGAAGCGGAAGCCACCUGGGAGCAGUCCGAAUACGGAUUAUUCUAAUCCUUGGUCGUGA